UAUAAGUAUGCUAGAGAUCGCCGAGUUUAUCACAAGACUGUAAACACAUCAUCAGUCAAUCUUGACGACUCUUCUUCACCUAGUUUCACGGCAGCUGUAAUAACGUCAACAUGGCUCCGAGAGCGGCGUACGCCACUGAAGAUAUUCAGUCUCCCAUUGACCUCACCACCGUUCCACCGUUUUGGAAACGCAAGAAUGGCAUUCUUUUGUACUUCUUGCUUACUUCUUCGCUGUUUGCCAGCAUGGCUCUUGGCAUUGACGGCUCUAUGACCAACGCCCUUCAAACCCUCGAGAGUUGGCAAGACCGCUUUGGCCAUCCCACUGGCUCGAAACUUGGCUUCUUCGGUGCCUCCAACGCCAUCGGAGGUGUUAUACCGUUCAUCUUCCUUGGUUGGAUCAGCGAUGUCGCCGGUCGUCGUGUCCCAACUGCGAUGGGAUCGGUCAUCAUCAUCGCUGGUGUCAUGGUUCAACUCUUUGCGACCUCGCUCAAUAUGUUCAUCGGCGGCAAGAUUGUUCUCGGAAUUGGCUCCUCGCUUAUUCAGAUGGGUGCUCCAGUCUUGGUCACCGAGCUCUCGCAUCCCAAGGAGCGUGUCCAAAUCACCACGCUUUACAACACCAACAUUGUGCUGGGCUAUGUCAUUGGUGCAUGGGCGACUUACGGGUGCUUUCGCAUUCCCAACCAAUGGUCAUGGAAGCUCCCCACUCUGGUUCAAGUUGUUCCAUCCGCAUACCAGCUCAUUCUCAUCUUUUUCUGCCCGGAGUCGCCUCGUUGGCUGAUCGCAAAGGGCAAGGUUGACAAAGCUCGGGAGAUUCUGAUCAAGUACCACGGUGAAGGCGAUUCCGACAGCGAAUUGGUCAAAUUCGAAUGCGCUGAGAUUCAGCAAGUCAUUGCUGAAGAAGCUGAGCAAAACAUGACAUGGAAGGAGUUCUUUUCAUCUAUCCCCAACCUCAAGCGCAUCGCACUAUGCUUCGCUACGGCGCUGUUCAGUCAGAGCUCUGGCAACCUGCUUGUCUCCAACUACUUGACACAGAUUCUGAAAGACACGGGUAUCGAGGCGGAGAAGGACAUCACUCUCGUCAACGGCAUGGUUACUCUCUGGCAGUACAUCGUUGCUAUCACCAUGACUCUUCUGGUUGACAAGUUCAAGCGCCGCACUUUCUUCCUCGUGGGAUCCGGUGGUGUUCUUGUCACGUUCAUCAUGUGGACCAUCGCCGCCAAGCAGUACCUUGAGGGGUCCUUGGCGGGUGGGCGAGUCGUGUUGGCCUGCAUCUUCCUAUUUCAAGGCUUCUACACUUUCGGAUGGACAAAUCUGGUCGUUACUUAUCCUCUCGAGAUCGUCACAUAUCAGAUGAGAGCCAAGACUUGGGCAUUCGUACUGCUCACUAUUCAGGUCUCCUCUAUCUUUGGUGGCUACGUCAACCCGAUUGGCCUGGAGGCUAUUGGAUGGAAGUUCUACAUCUACUACUGUGUCUGGGUCGCUAUCAUCUUCUUGGUCGUCUACUUCUUCUUCGUUGAGACAUCUGGACCUACGCUGGAGGAGCUUACGUAUCUGUUUGAGGGGAAGGAUGCGAAGCAGGAAAUGGUCAAGGAGAUUGAGGUUAAGAAGGAGGAACAUGACUUCAUUCGUGAGAAAGAAGUCUGAAGGGCAUCAUGAAGGUGGCAAAUAUGAUAGUAAUAUUACAAAGACUUAGUGUAUCAAUGAAGAAGU